AUGACCAUAUAUUAUACUGCUGUCUUUGUUAUUCUGGUUGUUGAGAUGGUUGCCUUUGGCAUUCUCGUCGUACCCCUUCCAUCUCGCUGGCGUAGAACUAUUCACAGAUUUGUUUCAAGAUCCCCAUUGGUUCUUCAAGCAAUUACUGUUUUAAAAUUCGUAUUUGGCUUUAUCUUUUUAUUAUUUAUCGAUGCUGUAAACCGUUUGCAACGUCUUGACCAAGGUGAUACUGAAGAGAAGCGACAAUUCCACGAUGCUGGUUAUGAAGCUAGUCAAAAAGCCAACAAAUUUUAUGCACAAAGAAACUUGUACUUGACCGGAUUUACUCUCUUUUUAUCACUUAUUCUCGAGCGUACUAGUACUUUAGUCGUUGCCAUGUUGAAGCAUGAAGAAGAGUUAGAAUACGCCAGAGAGGAACACAAAACAUCCAGCAAGGAUCAAGAGCGUUUAUUGACCAUGGAAAAGAACUAUAAGGAUCAAAUUGAGGCUCUCGAGAAGGAAAAGGAAACUUUGCGUUUACGUAAGGGAGAUAUGGAUAACCUCAAGAAGCAAAUCGAACAACAAACUGCCGAGUAUCAUCAGCUCUCUGUCGAGCGUAAUUUGCUCCCUGUCGAAAAAAAGUCUGCCUAA